CAUUCACAUUCUGCCUGUCUUUCCUUCACGUUAAUUCUCCUUUAAAACUAUGAAGCUCUAUACAUCAAUUACAAGAGCCGCUCUUACUCUAUGUCUCUUUCCUUGGGUUGCAUUCCCGAUGCAGCUGUCAUUUCGAAAGCUACCCAAACACGGCCAUACUCAGAAUACACACACAGCAUGCACCACCAAGAAUUUAACUCCAUACACUAUGCCCUGGGUCAACGAGCUAGAAGCAAUCUACAACUCGUUCGGCCGAGCUAGAAAUGACUCUGCAUGCCCUACUAAGAUCCCGAAAUGGAACUGUGAGCCAUAUAAACUUUCAGAACAAGAUUUAGUCAAACCAACAGACGUCUGGCGUCUUCGACCACAUGAUAUUAAAGCUGUGAUCUCGAUUGGAGAUAGUAUUACUGCUGGUUUCGCCAUGAUAUCUGGUCGCCCUCCAUUUGCCACAGUUCUUGAGUUUCGUGGCAAAGUUUUCUCAGGCGGGGGUGAUAGUGGUGAAUACACAGUAGCAAAUUUCCUCAAGACCUAUACAAAGGAAGUGAAAGGCAGCCCUUCAGGAUUUACUCUCCCCUUAGCAUUCGGCAAAGGUCUCAACACAGCGGUAAGCGGAGCGAUCGCUCAGACCCUUUCAUCGCAGAUUGAUCACCUGAAACGAAUGUUCAGCUUUGGGGGUAUGUAUCACAAGUACAGAGAUGAAUGGAAGUUGGCUACGGUCUUUAUUGGUGCAAACAACCUUUGUGCUGCAUGUGGGCCUGGUGAAACAGUCCCUGAGAUUGCAGAUCCGGAGGAAUAUGGCGCAGCCCUCAAAUCUGCAUUGCAGGGGCUUCGAGAUUCAGUUGGACCAACAUUCGUUAACCUGGUGGGCAUCUUUGACGUCAGCCUGGUUUAUGAUCUCUCGCGCGGUUACUCCUACUGUGAACUGCUUUUUGACAAACUGCCACUCCCUAUCUGUGGCUGCGCCACAGGUGAUGAGGCCCUCCGACAGAGGGCAGGUGAUUUAGCUAAACGAUACAAUGAGGUUAUGAAAAGAAUUGCCCGAGAAAUCAAUGAGGAGAGUAAAAGCGAAAGAAAGUUUGGGGUGGCCUAUCAACCAGGGUUGACAGAAUUUAAAGAUGGCUCAUCCGCUUAUGGACAAGGGUAUCUGAGUGGCCUAGAUUGCUUUCAUCCAAACAAAUGUGCGAACCAGCUGAUGGCCAUCUCGGUAUGGAACAAUAUGUUUUCGAGUAAUGAGAACAAAGACACACCGAUGGAUCCUAGAAACCUUGAAAUUUAUUGCCCAGGGCCGACUGACUACCUUCAAUGAAUAUUGCCCGUAAAACUAUGUUUCACCUCUGGUAUACUAUGUAUACUGCUUUUGGUGUAAGGAAAAGGGUUUUGCAUUGAGCGUGGGAUAUUUAGCUCUUCUUGCCAAAGUUGGCGAUAUAAGGAUUACAUCUGUCAAUACAAUUCGG